AUGGCCGCCAACCUUGAAGCGCCUGGCGCCCCAGCCGAACGAAUUACCUCCACAGCCUCAACCAUCACCGAUUACGCUUAUCCGUACGGCCAUCUUGGGCAUCUUACACAAAAGCAGGAAGAAGCUUUUAUUCAGUUUAAAAAAGUUCUCGAGGAGAGGGGACUUUUGACUCCUGCUCACGAUGACCCUUUGAUCCUACGAUACCUGCGCGCACGAAGAUGGAAUGUCGAGGACGCUUAUACCCAGUUUAAAGAGACAGAAGACUGGCGAAAGGCAAACGACUUGAAUGUGUUAUAUGAUACCAUUGAUCUCAGCGCCUACGACUUCAGCCGCCGCUUAUAUCCCCAAUGGACAGGCCGACGCGACCGUCGCGGAAUUCCUCUUUACGUCUUUGAAGUCAAGACCCUCGACUCCAAGACCGUGCACGAGUAUGAAAAGGUCGGCGCAUCGAGCACCUUUUCCCAAGCCAAGUCCGACGGCAAGACUCCCAACGGUCUUUUGCGCCUCUUUGCGCUCUACGAAAACUUGACCCGCUUCAACAUGCCCUUUUGCACUCAACUCCUCGACCGCGACCACCCCGAAGUCCCCAUCACGCUUAGCACAAACAUUGUCGACAUUUCUGGUGUUGGUCUUAAGCAGUUCUGGAACCUGAAGCAGCACAUGCAGGCAGCAUCGCAACUCGCCACGGCACACUACCCCGAGACCCUGGAUCGCAUAUUUGUUAUUGGUGCGCCCGCUUUUUUCAGCACUGUUUGGGGAUGGGUCAAGCGCUGGUUCGAUCCCAUCACAGUUUCCAAGAUUUUUAUCCUUAGUAGCCAUGAGGUCAAGACUGUGCUGGAGCAGUACAUCGAGCCUAGAAAUAUCCCCAAGAAGUACGGUGGCGAGCUUGACUACAACUUUGGAGAGCUCGGAAACCCUGAUCCUAACUGGCAGGGGGUUGUCGAGUUUGAGAAUGGUCACAAGACUUUCCCCAGCGGACCUUUGCUGUGGGAGGAGGACGGUAACGAUCGACUGGUCUGUGUUGCCAAGGGUUCAAAGGACGGCAAGCCUCGACACGAGAGGAUCUGCACCGUUCCCAGGACCUUUGGUUUAUCGCCUGUGGUUGAGAUUGGUGCGAAUGCGCCAGUCGACGCCGCUCCCGUCAAUGGCGUUACCAACGGUACAGCGGGAGCCGAGGGCGCUCAGACCGAUGACUCUACCUUGAGCGGCGAAGUCAACGAGAAGCUCAAGAUUCAGGAGGACAAGCCUACUGUGCCACAAACCACUGCGGCUUAA